GGCAAUUCGGUCAGCUUAUUCUUAGACUUUAUCCCUCGUGAUGGACAACCCUGAUGCCUCGCCUGAUUCUGUACCCUUUACCAUCUUAUUCGCUGUUUAUCCCUUCCGUGUGGAUGGACUCACUUGAAUGAUAAAUUCUAAUAACUUUACAUACUCUU